GUGCGCGGCGGUGCACGGAGCCCAUUAGCCGGUGUGAGGCACUCAUCACGUCGGUUUGCGAUUGCGGCGUUGUCACGUCUUGCUCCACGGCACUCUCGAUCCGCCGUUCGGAAGUCGAGUCGAACAUCGAUCGCCCUCACAGCCGACUCCAAUUAAACCAUGGUCCGAGAUUCGCGUUGGAAAAAAAAAUGCAUGUACGUACGAGGAAAGAGGGAGAUGGCGAAAUAAACACACACGGACUUCUUCAGUUCGUAGAAGAGCGUUUGACUCAAGCGUUAUCGCGCAUUGUUACUCGUUAAAUGGAGAAAAAAUUAAUCAUGUUUGUACAGUCGGUACAGUAUUGUGUGUUGUCUUUUUGUAAUUUGUGUAUAUGGCGAAGAUCGUGAAUAAGCGAUGAGGGUCGGUUGUUAUCGAAUGAUUUGAGUUGUUGUUGAUAAUGUGUUCUAACCUCCGUCGGGGUCCAGCAGAACGGAGCGGAACAAUGACAGUAUAAUAAAAGAGUGGAAAGUUACCCGUGCCUUAUUUUUGUGCGUAGGAUAAAUGUGUCCUUGUAGAUAUUUUUAUAACGUAUUGAUGGAAAUUAUUCGGCAUAGUUACCGUAAAUAUAUCAUUUAAAAAAAAGUACGACAUCGCCAAGUCGUGGUUAUGCUGCAGUUUUGGACAGGCGCUGGAGUGAAGAUGGAGCAUUUCCAGGCGGCGCUCGACCCCCGGAAACAGGAGCUCCUGGAGGCGCGCUUCCUUGGCGCUAGGAUGUCAGCUGGAUCUCAGAUACAGAUGGCACCGCAGUCUACGAUCAACACAACCCAUCAACCCGUACAUAGCCAAGACUCCAAUAUGAGUACAGGUUCGUCUCAUAGCGACAAAGAGGUGGACCCCAAUACUCCGGAGAAGGUGCCGAGAACCCCUUCCGAAAGGAAAAGGAAAAGAAAAGCGGACGACAGUAGCGGUGCGCCAGGGAAGGGCGUACGGAACGCUACCUCGGAUAAGAAAAUUAAUGAUUACUUUAAACAUUCUGGAAAUAGUCCUAUUAGGCACGGGGGGGCGAAGAGUCCGUCGCCCCAACAAACUCCUUAUCCAAUGUUUCCUCCAUCACCUCAACAGGUGGGUCUGCCAUCACCGCAGGUCAAUACGGUUCCUUACGAUUUUUAUAAACAACCGCCUCGGUUGCCUCAAACUGCGAUGGUUAACAAACAAGUACAGACUGAAUUAACGUGUCACAGGAUACAGGAGUUCGAGACGCAAGCGUCCUCCGAUCUCGAAGUGCGUAAUAACAAAAUCGAAGAACUGAAUCGGCAAAACGAAGAAUACCGACACCAAAUAUCAACCCAGCAAAAGACGACGGACCAACAUAAACAGCAAAUCAACAAAUGCAUCGAAGUAGUGAAGAAGCUGCUCAAGGAGAAGAGUUCGAUAGAGAAGAAAGAGGCGCGGCAGAAAUGCAUGCAGAACAGGCUAAGGCUAGGGCAGUUCGUGACGCAAAGGGUGGGAGCGACCUUCCAAGAGAACUGGACUGACGGACACGCGUUCCAAGAGCUGGCGAGGCGGCAGGAAGAAAUAACGGCGGAGCGAGAAGAGAUCGACAGGCAGAAAAAAUUGUUGUUGAAGAAGAGGCCUUCAAACAACGAGAGCGGCAGGAAAAGGAACAACUCGAACGCGAUGCACAACGGGACGGAUUCGGGUUUCCUCAAGCCUGACGCCGUUCCGGGUUCCUUGACGCUGCAAGAGUAUUACGAGGCCGACGAAAUCCUGAAGCUGAGGCAGAACGCGCUGAAGAAGGAGGACUCCGACCUUCAACUAGAGAUGGAGAAGCUCGAGAGGGAACGUAAUCUUCACAUUAGGGAGUUGAAACGCAUACACAACGAGGAUCAGUCUAGGUUUAACAACCAUCCAGUGCUCAACGAUAGAUAUUUGUUGUUAAUGUUGUUGGGUAAGGGUGGGUUUAGUGAAGUGCAUAAGGCUUUUGACCUUAAAGAACAGAGAUAUGUGGCCUGUAAAGUUCACCAACUCAAUAAAGACUGGAAAGAAGAUAAGAAAGCCAACUAUAUCAAGCACGCGUUAAGGGAGUACAAUAUCCAUAAGGCUUUAGAUCAUCCUCGUGUAGUAAAAUUGUAUGAUGUUUUUGAAAUAGAUGCAAAUUCCUUCUGUACAGUUCUAGAAUAUUGUGAUGGACAUGAUCUUGAUUUUUAUUUAAAGCAGCAUAAGACAAUACCGGAGAGAGAAGCAAGAUCUAUAAUAAUGCAGGUUGUGUCAGCUUUAAAGUACCUGAAUGAGAUUAAGCCACCCGUGAUUCAUUACGACCUCAAACCCGGUAAUAUUUUGCUCACGGAAGGAAAUGUCUGUGGCGAGAUCAAGAUCACCGAUUUCGGGUUGAGUAAAGUAAUGGAUGAGGAGAACUACAACCCGGACCACGGUAUGGACCUCACGUCGCAAGGAGCGGGUACCUAUUGGUACCUUCCUCCCGAGUGUUUCGUAGUGGGAAAAAAUCCUCCGAAGAUAUCGUCGAAGGUUGAUGUGUGGAGCGUAGGUGUGAUUUUUUAUCAGUGUUUAUACGGGAAGAAACCGUUCGGACACAACCAAUCUCAAGCCACUAUUUUAGAAGAAAAUACGAUCUUGAAGGCGACAGAAGUGCAGUUUGCGAAUAAACCGGCGGUGACAAAUGAGGCCAAGAGUUUUAUUAGAAGCUGCCUGGCAUACCGGAAAGAAGACCGUAUUGACGUUUUAUCACUAGCCAAACACGAAUAUUUGCAGCCCCCCAUGCCUAAGCAUUCGCGAGUAGCAUCGAGUCAGCAGCAGCAGCAGCAACAACAGCAGCAACAGCAGCAACAACAAGCGGGCUCGUUUUCUACGGGACUAUUUGGGGCAAUGAACGCUUCCUCUUCAUCUUAGUGCAGUGCUGUGUUUAUUUAAGUUAUUUAAUUCAUAUGUCUAAAAUACUACUCAUAAAAACGUACAUUAGUUAAUAAUUACUGACGAUAGUAGUGGGACGCUCAGAUCAAGAUUGAACUAGUUGCGUGGUGAAAAUGUUGUUAAAAUUCAAGUGCGAAUGUCGAAAAGACGCCCAGUGUGUGCGAUCCAAGGACUCUUUCAACUUCUUUCUCUUGUUGCUUACGCUUCCCCUCGAGGGUUUUUGUUAUAAAGGUUGGAUCGAACUAGAAUCUUAGUGUACUAAAGCAACACUGUUAUUUGUAUCUCGCUCUCUGGCUAUUUUCCUCCUAUGUAUGGAUUAAACGCAAUAUAUACAUAUAUGUGUACAUUUGGUUAAAUAUCUACCUUUAUAAUGAGAACCAAAGUCUCAGUCCAAUUCAGUACAGAAAGAAGAACAAUAGUCUGUAUCUGUUUCCUUUAAGCUGUAUACAUAUAGAACAUUAUUAAGUUAUUACUUUUUUUUUUUUUUUUGAAGUGACCUUGCUUUGUACCAUAGUGUGUAUUUGGUUCGCUGCGUCCUGUUCCCUCUUCAUUAAAUAGUGUAUCAUACGCAAAGGCUCAUGUUUGUAUCCCCACAUGACGCGAAAAUGGCCGCUUAUUAAAUAAAUUCGUAUUUAAUAAGCUCAUUUUUUCCCAGCAGCUUUUUGAGACAUUUUUGUUUUCACAGACUCGUUCUAAACUUCUAAAAUUUACAUCAUUUAGGGCGUAAUAUUAGUAUUAAAUGCGAUUAAAGUCAAUAACCUCAAUAUUAUACGCGAUAUACAGUGUGCGGCACUAACAACGUGUACGAGUUAUAUUUAACCGCCAUUUUAUUGUUUAUUUCGUGGUUAAAUGGUGCCGUUUUUUCGAAAUCACUUCAGUCAGUUGUUGUUCGGUCGGAAAGUGGUUUCGAAAAACACGAGAGUCGAGAUUCUUAGAAACGAGGUGGUAGACAGCAGUAGCCGUAAUUGUAUCAAAAUUGUGAACAAAUUUAGUUGAGUAAAGUAACCAUAAAUUAGGAUCUUAUUGGACCUGUUUAAAAAACAGCGGCAGCACUUCCACCUGACGCAGAAAGUCAGUAGCGGUUAAUUGAACACCUACUGACAGGCAGCUUGACGUCUGUAGCAUGUGCCACACUGUAUAAAUCUAGUUACAUGUUACCCGCCAAUAGGGUGUAUAUAUUUGAAAGCUUGUUACUUUAUAUAGUGGGGUUAUUGUGAAUUUUCCAUGAAAAUGUCUCAAAUAUUCGAUCUGAACAGUUGUUUAAAAGUGUACCAAGUGAUGUGGAAAUGUACGGACCUAGUUUGUACAGUGCACAGUGUACAUUGCAGAGAUGCUGAAUAAAUUAGGGUUGUGUGUAAAGGUCGUCGUACAUUCUUCGUCAUCUUUGUUUUGUAAAUAUUUUGAAGCUGCAAUAUAAGAAGUGAAUGCCAAACAUGUCCGAUAUAAGUAAAACUCGCAAAUAAUUAAAAAUACAUGUUACUUAUUUAUACUGUGCUGUUUGUGUGGGUGGUGCGCCACAGACAUUGUGAUAAGAAAUUAACUAAGAAGUCAUGUCUUAGUAGCAAAAAAAAAAAACGCAAAAUGUAUCGUUACUUUAUUGUUUAUGUACUUGUAUCUAUACUUUUAUUUUAUACAACGUUCACAGUUUUUUUUUUCUUUGGUAUAUCUACCGUUGUAAAUACAGUGUGUAUGAAUUACACAGUAAAAGUUUUCAAAACCAA